AUGGAAAGAGAAGCCGAAAACUUGCUCCCCCCCUUCGUGAGCGAACAAAACCAUUAAAAAAAUCCCUUUUUUUUGACCAAAAAACCCACCCUCCGUGAGCGAACAAAAAUUUUUUAUGGAAAAAAGUUUGAUAUAUAAGUUAUAAUUCUUCCUUUCCAAUUUUUGAGAAGUGGGAUUUUUUAAAAUUUCGAAAACAAAAUUUCUAUAUAAAUUGUUAAAAAAAAUUAACCCUCCUCCAUGAGCAAACAAAAUCUUUUUGUUCGCUCACGGAAGGGGAGUUAGAAAGAGCUAACUUACAAAGCACUUCUACUGAAGGAGCAGCUUACUAUGACGCUAAUAAUAAAUUUAAAGCAACUUCUGAAGGCUGCUUGGUUGAGUACUUAAAAUCCCACGGGUCAGCAACUUUAAGUGAACUUGAAAAUCAUAUUGAGUCGAAUUUUAGCUUGUUAAGAAAUCAAAAAGGCAAAAAAUACGUCCAAAUCCCAGAGCAACUGACCAGAUCAACCCUAAUCAGAAACAGGCGAAUUUUUAAUCUAGACCAGAAUGAAAAAUGGUCUCUUAUAGUAACUCUUAUUCAGGCUGGAAAUUUAGAAGACUUCGAGAAUGAACAAAUUGCAUUGAUUUCUAAGUACGCUAAAAAGAAAUUGGAAAAACAAAAGCAAAAAGAAGAGGAGAAAGCCCAAUACCUUGUAUUCAAAAACUUACUAAAAUUAGAUAAAGUGCUGAGAGAGGAAACUAAAGAAGGCGCCGGUGUUAAGAAAGCAAUUGAUGAAGCAUAUGCAUAUGCAAAAAUCGCUCAUAAUAAGUAA